AUGGCUUUCUUCAAACACGACUUUCACUAUGACGAGGGAGAGCACAAGCAGGAGGUCGAAAGAAUAAGGCAUCAGCAGUCUAUCCAGAAGGAAUGGCUGGAUCAGCAAAUAGCUGAGAAGGCGCGGCUCAACCAGGAGGGCAGACGUGAUGGGCGCAUAAAUCACGAGGAGUAUGAGCACUUCGAGGAAAGAAGGAUUGCGAGGUUCAAGUACAAUCUUAUCCGAAGAAUCGUGGAGAACUGGUCAUCUGUCACCAGUUUUGAUUGGGCAGAGGCCAACCAGCUGGCACAAGUCGAUUCCAAAUUUAAGGAAGCCUUGGAGGCGGCUAAGGCAAAUCACGAAGCCAAGGAGCGUAGCAAAGCACAGAGACAGGAAGAGUUGCAAAAGAUGCAAUUGGAAAGGCUUGAGAAAGAGAAGGAAAGCGCGCGAAAUCGCAACGCAAACCUAGGGUUUGACAUUGACGACCCAUACUCCAAGCUCAUCAACGCUAGCAGACCUACUCAGGCUGCUCUGUCUAGGCCGCAUGGCGAUGCUAAUGAGGGUAUGCAAGCACAAGUGCGAGCACAAGAGCAGGAACAGAUGACUGUUCGUUCGGGAUAUGAUUCGGCAAAGUCUAACAACUCUAAGGCUGUGGUACUUCCACCACUAAAGACCGCGCAAGCACGAGCAGCAACUCCAGCCUCGGGCUCGACUUCACUGCAGUCGGAGCAACAAAUUCAGGGUCUCGGUGUAAACGCCGAACAGUAUUCACCGGCCUACAAUGCACCGAUAGGAAUAGGGUAUCCUGCGCUUCCCCAGCCUAUCUAUCUCCCCCAGCCGCCUCAGCCUGUUCAAAUUAUAGCUCCGCCACAGUCCAAUCACUCCGAGAUGAAAGCCCUGUUGGAGAUUCUUCAAGAGCAGAAGAAGGGCAUUCUUCAGAAUGACGCAGACGUACAUGUGGAGAAGAUGUUCGAGUACUUUCAAUGCAAACUCCAAGAAAUAAUUGCAUCUAAUGAAAAAAACAUAGAGGCUGCCGUCUGUGAUGGUGUACGAAAAGAGUUAGAGGAAAAGCUGUCAGAUCUACGACUUCUCAUGAGCAAUAUAGAGCAGAAGAGACUAGAAUCAAAGGAGAAGAAGACAAGGACCGCUUGUGCUAUAGAAAGACCACAAGAGCAGGUGGACGCAGAAACUUCUAUGUCCCCUAAAGAGCAUGGCCCUACUAAGCCAUCAAUUGCUAUCAGCCAGGCACCAAUUCCACGCAGCCCGGAGGCAGACACGCGUCAGAGUUAUGGCAAUGGCCACUAUAAGUAUCAGCAGCUGUCCCUUGAUGACCCUGUCGAUAAGAUAGUCACAGUCUUGAAAGAACGGAACGCAAAUAGGAAGGUGGCAUUAAAACUGAGAAAGAUAGACGGUGAACCGCCACAAGAGCCACCAGACAAAGCCAAGUCUACGCCCCUAUCUGCACUUGCUGCAGACGGCGAUGCAGUUAACAUAGCCAAUCAACCGACCGUCAAUCCCAAGUUAAAGUCUAUUCUCAAUCACUUAACUGAACUGGAACAGGGGGAAUCAGGUUCUCUAGGGCAGAAGGCAGAUUGUAGUGGCCUGCUGUCUGCCACAGAGUUUAUAAACAGAGUCCUGCAGGAUUUAAAAGACUCUGGCAAUCCAGCCUCUCCGUGA